AUGACAUCAAUAAGUAUUGUUUCAUUGAAUAAGGAAGCUCUUAUACAACGAUGGCAACGUCAACUUAUCGGUCGUACACAUAUAAACUUCCAAGAACUUAUGCAUCACCUACGUCAACAUUUUCGACGAGAAUUUACUUUGUUAUUUAUUGGUGAAACAAAUUUAAUGAGUGUAAUGGAAUUUACUGAUAUACUUCAUUCUGUUGCCAAUCUUAAAUCAGAUACAAAAUGGCUUUCAUGGCUUGCUUAUCAAUUUCAUAUGGCAGUCAGUAAACGUCGUAGUACAACGCAUAAUGGAACUCAACUAGAAGAUAGUAUGGAUCUUGAAACAUUUAAAAAUAGUUUUCAAUUCAAAGUUCCUGAAUUAGCUGAUUGUUUAUUUAAUUAUCUUGAUACAGAUAAAACGGGUCAAUUAACAUUAGAUAAAUUUAUAAGAAAUUUAGAAUUUCUUACUGAAGCAAAUGAUAAUGAAAAAGUUGAAUUUCUUUUUAAAAUUUUUGAUCGUGAUGGUGAUGGAACAAUUGAUUUUGAUGAAAUGAAAUUAUUAUUUCGUUGUUUUCUUGAACAGUCUCCUUCACUUGACAUGGAAGAAACAUUAGCAGAAUUAACUGCUACUUUAUUUCAAGAAACUGAUGUUGAUCAUUCAGGUGAUAUUAGUUUUGAUGAAUUGUCAAAUGCUCUUCGACAAAAUGAACAUUUAUUUAAAGUACUUUCACUCAGUACAAGUAGUUGGAUUCGACCAAAAUCUGUAUCAAUAAGUAAAUAUCAUAGACAUUCAUCAACAGUUCGUGCAUGGAUACGAAAUAAUAUCGAUUUGAUUUUCUUUUGGUCAUUAUAUUCAUUUCUAUGUACUUGCAUUUGUAUUAAUGUACUACAUUUCUAUAUUGGUCAACAACAUGCUCAUUUUUUAAUUAUAAUUGCUCGAUUAAAUGGUGGUAUGCUUAAUUUUAAUUGUGCUUUAAUGCUUGUAUUAAUGCUUCGUAAACAUAUAACAUGGAUACGAACAAAAGGUGGUAGUGUGCUUCUUCCACUUGAUCAUCAUAUUGAUAUACAUAAAACUAUAGGAAUUAUUAUAUUAAUUGAAACAAUUUUACACACAGCAGCACAUUUAGCUUAUUUAGCUCAUGUAUUUUACAUAUGUUCACUACCACAAGAUAUAGGCUUGUUUUGUCAUAGUUAUACUAAUGUGACUCAAUCAUUAAAUAAUCAUAUGACAUUAAUAAAACGUUAUCGAUUUGAUUCUACAAUAAAUCAAUGCAUUCCAUUUGCAUAUCUUGGAUGUAGUGGUAAUUGGAAUAAUUUUUAUACUGAAGAUUUAUGUAAACUUCGUUGUAAACCAUAUCUUAUUACAAAUCAUCGUUAUGUUAAUGCAAUAUUCACAGCUAAAUUAGGACUUGGUUAUAUAACAGGAGUGCUUGAAUUCUUAUUAGGUGCACUUAUUUAUACUAUGUGUUUACCAUUUGUACGAAAACGUGGUCAUUUUCAAUUAUUUUAUUGGUGUCAUAUGUUAACACUUCCAUGGUUGAUUAUUAUGCUUUUACAUGGACCGCGAUUUUGGAAAUGGUUAUUAAUUCCUGGUAUUUUAUAUAUUAUUGAAAAAAUUUUACGUUAUCGUAAAUCACGUUCAAAUAAACAUGGUGAAUCUUUUAUUAUGGAAGCUAUUCUAUUACCAUCACAAGUCAUUCAUUUAGUCAUCAAUAAACCACGAAAAUUUACAUAUAAAUCAGGAGAUUAUAUUUAUAUAAAUAUUCCGUCAAUAGCUAAUUUUGAAUGGCAUCCGUUCAGUAUAAGUAGUGCUCCAGAACACAAAGAAAGUCUUUGGCUUCAUGUUCAUGUAAAUGGUCAUUGGACACGACGUGUGUAUGAAUUAUUUCGAAGGAAAUUAAUUGAAAAACAUGGUGGUAUGUUAAAUGAUUUUAAUGAUUUACGUCUUCGUUCAUCAAUGCGUUCACGUAUGUCAAAAAGUUAUAUUGAUGAAUUACGUGGUAUACAUCAACAAGAAAUUAAUUCUUCUAUUGAUCUUAAUAAUAAUAAUGAUAAAAAUAAAAAUAAUGAUAAUUCUAAUCAUUCAUCUAAUUGUUCAACAAUAGAAACUCAUUCUAUUCAACCAAAAUCUAUUUCAAUAUCAUUUCCAACAGGAAAAAAUCAAAAGAAAAUAAUAUGUUCAUCAUGUCAAUCAACAUUUGGUUUACAUGAUAUACAAUUAAAUUCAAUUGAUAAAAAUCAUUCUAUAAUUACAGAAGUAAAUUCUUCAAAUAUACAUACAGUUGAUAAAUCAAUUCUAAUGAAUCCACAUGAACUUGAAAAUAUGACAGUUGAAGAUAUUGAAAAAUUAGCUUAUGAAAAAGAUGAUAUCAAAUCAACUGAACAACAAAUAAAAACAAUAACAAUACUUAAACCAGCUAUUAAAAAUAAUAAUAAUAAUAAUAAUAGUAAUCAUCGACUAACUGCACCAGCUAAUGGUGAUUAUUGUAUAAGAAUAGCAAAUACAUCAACAAUUUGUCGUGAACAACAACAAAUUGAAUUGCAUGAAACACGUUUAUCUGAUGCAUUGGGUUAUUUACGUAUGUAUAAAAGUCAUAAUCGAAUUCAAUUUAAUUCACUUCAAUUCAAUGAUCGAGAAGAUUUACAAGUUUUAAUUGAUGGUCCAUAUGGUGCACCAUCUCAACAUAUAUUUGAAGCUGAACAUGCUGUUUUAAUAGCUGCUGGUAUUGGUAUAACACCAUUCGCCUCGAUUUUACAAAGUAUAAUGUGUCGUUAUCGAAAUCGUCGACAUAAAUGUCCAAAUUGUGAAUAUAUUUGGGAUAAUCCUGAAAGUGAAGAACUUUGUUUGAAAAAAGUCGAUUUUAUUUGGGUAACACGUGAACAACGUUCACUUGAAUGGUUUAUUAGUUUAUUGGCACAAAUGGAAAUUGAACAACAACGUUUAAGACAAAAUUCUGAUAAAGGUUCUUUACUUGAAGUUCAUUUAUAUGUAACAAGUGCACAAUCACAAGCAGAUUUAAAAGCAUUGAAUAUAUAUUUAUCACUUGAUUUAAUUGGAAGAGAAAAUUCAGCUAAUUGUGAUGCUAUUGAUGGAAUUCGACAACGAACGAAACAUGGUCGACCUGAUUGGGAUCAAGUUUUUACUGAAUUAUUAUGUCAAAAGAAAGGCAAAAUAUCUGUAUUUUAUUGUGGACCACCAUCAUUAUCAGCUGAACUAACAACAAAAUGUCGUCAAUAUGGAUUUGCUUAUAAAAAAGAAUUAUUUUAA